GCUAAAAAUUUCCACAAGAAAAGUACUCAGAGCGUUGACUCAUCAUCUUCUCCGGCACCAUCCGCAACUGUGCUCUUCCAUUUCGCCAUGGAAUCUCUUACCCAGUUCAAGGACCGUGCUCGCCUCCCUGAUUUCGCAAUCCCUAAACGCUAUGAUCUCACCCUCAAGCCUGACCUCACCGAUUGCUCCUUCUCCGGCACUGUCCGCAUCGUUCUCGAUGUCCUCCGCCCUUCUCGCUUCCUCGUCCUCAACUCUCUCGACCUCGCCAUCGCCGCUGGAUCCGUUUCCUUCUCCUCCGGCGAUCAGUGAGCUAAAAUUUCCACAAGAGGUUUUGGCAUAUUUGCAUUCUGAUAUUGUUGACCUUUGUAAAAGACUUUACGUCAGGAACCAGUGGAAAAACUAACUUUUGAGGAAUUCUUCAAUAACAAGUUCCUUGCUGUCCAAAGGUGAGUUUGAUAUUCAUUUACACAAUGUGGACCAAAUUUCUUAAGUGCAUUUGCAUUAAUUUCAUGUCUAUGGAGUUCUGUAAGCUGAAUAUUCUGCAUCCUUCUUUUAGAAGACCUUGCCUUAGCUGAUUUAUUUCACUUGAAAAUUGUAAUGCUUCUUAACUCUUAUUUUAGCCAACUAUAUUAUUGUCUCUAAUAUUGGUAAGAGCUAUUCCUAAUGAUUAAACAUUGGCCAACGACCUUUGGGUCUAUUGGUACACGGGUUGCCGAUAGAGCUCUCACCGAGUGGUGAGAGUUCGAUUCUCGGCUGAGGGCACAUUUCUGAGAGUUGUGAAUAGUGGUUGUGUAUGGGUGGUUCCAGCGCCCACGUGAGCGCGGCCCCAUCCCCAUUUAUUCCAUCAAGUUUUGUGCACGUCCCUGAGUCUUUAGUGGGUUCGCCCCGCUCCUCUUUCCCAAAAAAAAAAAAAAAAAAUGAUUAAACAUUAGCCAACAAUGUUAUCCUCCAAGCCAAGUGAAUGUGUUGAAUCUGUACUAGCCACUGCAGAUGAUAAGGUAGGAAUGACACCUGAUUGUGCUCCAUCAAGUUCAUCAAAUGCUCGGAGUGUACAGGUUGAAAGCAUGGACCAUAAGCUUUUUGGCUUAGUCACAUCAAAAGUUACAGACUCAUUGGAAGCCAUUGAACAAGAAUAUGUACUUGUUUACCGUAAUCUUGCUUCUUUGGAGACCUUGGCCUCUUCAAAUGAGGAGACAUCAUGGAAGGACAGUAGUGGAGCCAAGCUUCCUAGCAAGAGCACUUCUGUUCAGUUUCCAAAGGAUGAAACAUACAUUACCUCAUUAUGUCAAUCUGAAAGCGGACAAGACAAUCUGCCUUCUCAUUCAUCAGUAUUACAACAAUCCUUUGCAGCGCAAAAACCACAAGGAGCAUCAUCAUUGCAUCCUUCUAGUAAGCUUCAGUUUUUAUAUCACUAUAUUCGUGCUAUAACAGACGUAGUGCAAGAAAAGCUUACUGAAGGAUUGCAUUUGGAAUCAUUUUCAAUUGAACUUGUUGCGUUAGCUGUGUGGAGAGAAGCUCUUAGAAUGUGCACUUGCUGGAUGUCGUCAGCCAAGGGAAAAGCCCUCAAUACCUGUUUGCCUAGCAUUGCACCUCAAACAAAUGAUAGUUCAUUUCCAUAUACUGUUCAAGAGGUUGAUUUCUGGAAUCCAUCCUCUGUGUGCUCCUGGGUGGAACAUGGAUUUAUUAAUGCCUAUGAGCUUGCAGAAAAGAUAGCUGACAAUUUUCAAAAUAUUGAUGGUGAUAUCAUGAUGCCAGAUGCUAUGGAAAUUUUAUUUCAAGCAGCUUUGUGUGCUGGGAAGAGUGGUGCUGUAAGUGGCUAAGUCAUAAUUCUAGUACUGCUUUAAUUCCAAGAAAAGGAAAUAUUUCACGUACUCACUACCGGCUAGGGCUAGCUUAACUUGAUGCUAAUAAGUGUGCAUUUUUUGGUUAUGGAUUGUCUUAAAACCUUUAGUAUGGACACAUCACAUACAUAGAACUAAUUUUGAUGCAAAGGUUCUGAAGUCAUGUAGAAGUUGGGAUUCCCAUAUCAAGAUUUCUGAGGUUUGAGUGGUUGCAAGGCCAAGCCACUUUUGUGUAUAUGCAUCGAUCCCUAGUUCUUGAAUUCCUAAAUUUUAGAACAUGGCAAUUGAUUCCCAAAAAUGAAGUAUUAUCAUCAUCUAUUCAGAUCAGACAAAUGAACCUAUCUAAAUGCCAUCUCUUUAUCAAACAACCUACAAACUUAAUUUUCUCUGGGGUUAUAUGUGCCUUGCCAUACCCAACCAUGAAACAGAGUAUCUCAUAGCACUUAUGCAUGCAGCCUCUAUUCUGUCUUCCUAAAUCUUUUGUCUUCUUUCUUUAAGCCUGUGAGUUAUAGAAAACAGAUAUACUAUGUACACAUGACUGAUAAAAGCAAGCUUGCUUCUAUAAAUUAAUUUUCAUCUUUGAAGAGAUCUGUUUUGUGUUUGCAGUA